GCGCCUGCGACCAAUGGGAGGCGGCCGGGCCGGGAGCGCGACCAGUGGCGGCGGCUGGCGGAGACGCGGCCCUUUAAGAAGCGGCGGGGGCGGGAGGGGGCCGAGUGCCGGGGCGACAGCAGCUGUGCAGUCGGUUGAUGCUACCAUGGCCCUGCAGGCCGAAUUUGACAAGGCUGCAGAAGAAGUGAGGAAGCUGAAAGCAAGACCAGAUGAUGGAGAACUGAGAGACCUCUAUGGGCUUUACAAACAAGCAACAAUUGGAGACAUUAAUAUUGGAUGUGACAAGUGGCAGCAGGAUGGCACUGGGGCACCCAGUUCAACUCAAGGAAACCUACUUGCCUGUGGUAGAAUGGAAUGAGAUUCUCAAGUUCAAGGAUAUUCUCUUCAGGAGGGAAGGAUCUUGCUCUGUCACCCUGGCUGGAGUGCAGUGAUGUGAUCACAGCUCACUGCAGCCUUGAUCUCCUGCACUCAAGCAAUCUUCCCACAUGAGCCUCCCAGUAGCUGGGACUGCAGAGACACUCCACCAUGCAUGGCUAAAUAAAAAAAUUGUUUUGUAGAGAUGGGGUCUCACUAUGUUGCUGAGGCUGGUCUUGAACUCCUGGCCUCAAGUGAUCCUUCAGCCUCAGCCUCCUGAAGCACUGGGCUUAGAGGUGUAAGCCACCACACCUGGCCACCUACGACUGAGGCUAGUAUAUCUUUAGGGGCUUCCCAAUCUUAAGGCAAGGUAUGAAGCUUAUUUUAAAAAGCAUAAAAAUGAUAAUGCUUGUGUUUUAUCUAUUUAAAAGCCAUAGAUGAUACAGUAAUGAAAAUUAUCCUUGGCAAUGGGGAUAGAGUAAAAUGGCUGAGAAGACAGAUAUAUGAAAAUCAUAGUAAUCAAUCUUCAUUUGAUCAGUAUUUUAAAUUUCAUUGUUAUACAACCUCAACAAUGUCUGCUAAAUUAAUGUCUAUUAAAAAGGCAAUUCCAUUUUAGUUCUGUAUUGCCUCCACCCUUUUUCCUAUGUACUUUUCUUCCAUUUUAUUUUAUUAUUUAUUUGUUUAUUUAUUUGAGAUGGAGUCCUCUUCUGUUGCCCAGGCUAGAGUGCAGUGGUGUGAUCUUGGCUCAAUGCAACCUUCCCCCGCUGGGCUCAAGUGAUUCUCCUGCCUCAGCCUCCCGAGUAUCUGGGACUACAGGUGCGCACCACCAUGCCUGGUCAAUUUUUGUAGUUUUAGUAGAGACAGGGUUUCACCAUGUUGGCCAGGCUGAUCUCAAACUCCUGACCUCAAGUGAUCCACCUACCUUAGCCUCUCAAAGUGCUGAAAUUCCAGGUGUGAGCCACUGCUCCAAGCCUCCUAUGUACUUUUAAAGCAAUUUUUAAGUAGAGGUCAAGAGUAGUAUAAAAGAAAAAGAAACAAGAGAUCAUAGCAACCUACAAACUCCACACAUUAGUCUCUGAAAAAUGAGUUAGUAAAAAGUAAUGAAAAUAAACAAUGGAGUUGAUAAACACUGUUAUAACCCCAAACUAAAAAUGCAAAUAUACUUACAAAUACUAUGUCAUAUUCUGCAAUACAGGUGACCCUUGACCAACGUAAGUUUGAACUUGGGGAGUCCAUUCAUACAUGGAGUUUUUUCAAAAAAUAUGUUGACUUUUUUUUGAGAUUUGCAACAAUUUGAAAAAACUUGCAAACCACAUAGACUAGAAAUAUAAAAAGAAAAUAAGAAAAAGGUUUGUCAUGAAUGUGUAAAAUAUAUAAAGAUAUUAGUGUAUCCCUGGGCUGAUCAAUGGGCAAGUCAUCCUGUUAACAGGAAGUAAUAGUUAUUUUGGGGAGUUACCCCCAGUAGUUAUUUUAGGAAGUCAAAAGUUAUACACAAAUUUUUGACUGCAUGAAGCACUGAAGCUCCUACUCCCUGUAUUGGUAAGGGGUCAACUGAAUUUGUAAAAAAUCCAUCUCUUAGUAGCCAACAGAAUAAAUAAGUUAAAAAGAACCACACGGUGUCAACGGGAGGCACAUCGAGACUUUGCUCUAGUCUUCAUAAAGCAAAACUAGGUCUCCACUCUCUGAGGGAAGCCUGGAAUAUACUCCUAAAGUCAGGAGUUGUUUUCUGACACUUUUGUUUAUAAGGUAUAAUCGCCAUAAAAAACAAAACAAAGAAACAAACAAACAAAAAAAACGAAUUUUGGCCGGGCGCGGUGGCUCAUGCCUGUAAUCCUAGCACUUUGGGAGGCCGACGCGGGUGGAUCAUGGGGUCAAGAGAUUGAGACCAUCCUGGCCAACAUGGUGAAACCCCGUCUCUACUAAAAAAUACAAAAAAAUUAGCUGGGCACGGUGGCACGUGCCUGUAGUCCCAGCUACUUGGGAGGCUGAGGCAGGAGACUUGCUUGAACCUGGGAGGUGGAGGUUGCCGUGAGCCGAGGUCGUGCCACUGCACUCCAGCCUGGAGCCUGGUGACAAAGUGAGACUCUGUCUUAAAAAAACAAAAAACAAAAAAACAGAAUUUUAACCUCUUUCUAAUUCAUGGUUAAAAUAAAAAGUAACAGGAAGGAAAUAACAGUUACACAACAAACUGAUUAUCUGAUAAUAAAAUUACCCAAGUGAAGGAAAAAGAUUCUGCUUUUGUGAUCUACCAUAAAAGAUUCAUUUAGCAGAGCAUAGUUGCUCAAUAAAACAUAGAAAAUUCUGAAUGUGCCCAGCUGAAUGAACACCUCUUCCCCGACUCUACCUGCAAAUCAACCUUCUGGGCCUCUCCCACUUAAUAAGAUGAGAGAGUCUGGCCGGGCGCCAUGGCUAUCCCCUGUAAUCCCAGCACUCUGGGAGGCCGAGGCAGGUGGAUCACUUGAGGUCAAGAGUUCAAGACCAGCCUGGCCAACAUGCAAAAUCCUAUCUCUACAAAAAUACAAAAAUUAGCCAGGCGUGGUGGUGCACGCCUGUAUUCCCAGCCACUUGGGAGGCUGAGGCAGGAUAAUCCCUUGAACCCAGGAGGUGGAGGUUGUAGUGAGUCGAGAUUGUGUCACUGUACUCCAGUCUGGGUGACAGAAUGAGACACUGUCUCAAAAAAUAAAAUAAAAUAAAUAUAAAUAAAUAAAAUGAGAGAAUUGGAGAGAAUUCUCUUCAGUUUUUGUCUGGUUGUUUAUAAAAUACUUUUCAGCAUCUAAGAAACUCUUUGAGUUCAGGUUUGUUCUUACCAUAGAAACUUGUUUCACUUGUUUAUAUUCAAUUUCAUCCCGAUAUCCCGCUUGUUGAAAUCUGUACAGAUUUUCUAUCUCUUCUGACCAUUUUUUGGCGCGACUUACUGAUUUUGGUUUCACGUCGGAACUAGCCAUGGUUACAGGGGCCUUAUUACCAAUAAUUUCUGAAAGAUGUUAAAACAACAUUAGCAGUUAAUGUAAUAAUGCCAAUUUUGAAAUUCCCUUUAAGAAUAAACAAAACUAACACUUAAAAAUUAUAUACAAAGUUAAGAAUCCCAUUAAAUAUAUUAGUUUUUUAGACAUACAGUUCCAAGAUUGAGAAGGAUUCAUGCUCUAUUUUGUGGAGAUAAAAAUGUAACAAAUGAACAAACAAAAACCCCAAGUCCCCGAAAGAUACACAGAAAACUGUUUAUUUCUUUAUCAAUAAAAUUGCAGUCAGAGUUGUAGUUAUGGAGUGCUGUUCUAAGAGCUGUAUAUUUGUAUACAAAUACUAGAGUUCCAGUAAUAUGUUCAGUAGAUUGUCAAAAUAUCCACCACCAUUCCAUUUAGUUACGUUCCACACUGUAUCUCUCUUUCCCUCUCUUAAAAAGGGAAUGUAAGAUCUGUCUUCUCACUCUCUUCCCUGUUUCUGGGAAGGAAGGGCUUAUUCAUUUUCAAUUCUUAAUUACUUGGAGACAUCUCAAUUGCUGCAAUUAAUGUACUGAGGUCACUGUAGUGCCUGAUUCUUUGAUGAAUGAAUGUGAGAAGAUAGACUAAUACACAUUCCAUGCACACUGCAUGGCUGUCACAGUACUGAGAUCAUGGAUUUAAAAACAAUGUAAGAGGUCACUAAUAGUCUUAGAAAGUCAAAUAUACGACUUUAGUUCAUAUCAUCGUCUAUUCACCAAACUUCGAGAUUUUCAAAGGCAUAAUAUUGCACUUGUUUUCUCAGUGAUUUCUUCUAUUAUCAAAAUAUAUUAGUCAUUUAACUGAAAUAAAGUGUCCAAAAUUUUCAUCAUGA